AUGACAACGAGGUCGUCGAAGAUGACAGAGAGGGAUUUUCUGUUCCUCCGAAGCUCAAAUUUGCGGAGGAAGAACAGGGCAAGUACAAGGAGGAGCUUAUUUGUACCUUGUGGUUUACUCAUCUCUGAAGAUUUCGGCGGUGGUGUAAACGCAGCUGGAUUUGAUCAAAUCAGCCGAGUGUAUGGUGGUCUACCACCACACCACACAAUCGUUUUAGCUUAUUUAUGCUAUUGGAUUGAGAAAUCGUCAAUCUUUAUUGGAUUAAUUGGCCUGUUUGGGGUUAUAAAAGAUGAGUUCAACUGA